AUGCUCAUGAGGUCCAUGAUCCUUCACAAAAUUKUAUUUCUUCAUGUUUCUACCAUCAGAUGGAACCUUCAGGGCUUGUACAGAGGAGAUAUUUACAACGUGUAUAAUUGCCAGAAGAGCAUCCGUCCGUCUCAGACAGGCCUAGUGUGUUGGAUGGGCUUCAUUGGAUAUCAGGCUGCUGUCAUCUCUUUAGGAAUGGUCCUCCAGACUCUGGUCUUCUUCAUCUGUUUUGUGUGGUUGGUGUUCCUCAUCAUCAUCCCCAUCUUGUAUGGCCAGAACCUCAUACUCUUCCAGGUCGCUGCCAAGGCCUGGCCUGUGUGGGUGACGUUGAUACUGACUAUUGCUCUACAACACGUGACAGCCAGGUUCGCUUUCAUCAAAAAGGAUGCUGGGACAAGAGACUUGAACAACAGAGGCAGUCUGUUCCUGCUUACCUACCUGCUCUUCCUGAUCAACAUUGUGGUGGGGUUGAUGCAGCCAUCUGGGAUGGUCAUCACUGCCCUCUAUAACAUCAUCCACCUGGGACGCAGCAUCAGCCUCCUCAACCGCGCCGCUGCCUACGACCCGGCUUAUUGUUACUACACCCACUACCUGAAGGUAGAGGUCAGCCAAUCCCACCCUGUGAUGAAGGCCUUCUGUGGGCUGGCACUGCAGGCUGCCUCGGCUGGAGGCGCUGGGCAGAAGAUGCGAGAUGCAGAGGAAGGGAUCCAGCUGGUGAAUCAGGAGAAGAGACGGGACAAGGUGGUUAACAGCAGGAGGGUGCGYGCACGCUGGCAGUUACUCUACACACUGGUCAACAACCCAUCUCUACUGGGGUCCAGAAAACACUACCAGCUGCAGCCCUCUGACAGCUUCGUGAAUGGAACGAACCGUAGCGCCGCGGCAGGAAGCAAGAAAGACGCCAGCAGCAGAGACGCCAGCAGCAAACCCACCGCUGCCGAGGCAGGCGCUGCUACACCCCACGCUGCCGAGGCAGGCGCUGCUACACCCCACGCUGCCGAGGCAGGCGCUGCUACACCCUCUGCCGCUGCCACCGAUGCUGCUGCUGCUGCUGCUGCCACCGACGCUGCUGCUGCUAACUGAGACCAUGACACGCAGUCAUGACUGAUGUUAUGUGGUUUAUGGGGUACUGACACUCUGCUGCUCUCUAUACAACCCAAUGUUCCAACUGCUUGGUCUUCAGGGUAGCAGGUGACUGUAGAGACCUGUAUUUCUGUGGGUUGCAGUCAAGUGCCGUGGCUUGUUCAGCUCCACAUGAAGUGAAUCUCUAUGUAGGUUGCUUUCUGUGUCAUAUUGUUGUCUGCAAUGUCGAUUUCAAAAUUUGCUGGUCUAUUAUUUAGUUUUUGUAAAGGUCGUUAUGGUGAAAUAGUACAAAAUCUCAACGGUUGCAUGUGUUUGGUUAUGAUGCACAGAAUACAUCCAGUUUUAGCAUCCACUAUCCACCCCUUCAUUUAAUGUAUUGCCCUUUAUCAGUUGUUUCGGUAAGUUUUCAGAGGUUGAAAUAUUUGCUUUCAAAAUAUAUGCAAGAYCAAUGAUACAACAUUUAGACAAAAAAUYAAUGUAACUGACAUCACAAUCCAGUGUGAAAAAAAUCAACUGUUUUUCUCCUAGGUGGGAGUAUGUGAUUAAGACUCUUAUUUUGAAAGAGAGACUUCUUUUCAAACAAAUAAAACAGUUUMAAAGUAAAUACAGGGGAACAACAAAUGUGUAAGCAUGUUUUCAAGAACCAUGAUGACUGUGUAUGGAAACCCAUUUUACAGAAGCCAAUAUUCAGACAGUUCAUUCGUAGUACAACUACCCCUUUUUUUGGCAUUUCACUAUAGAUCGAAUAACAUGCCAUGUCAGGAAGCUGCAAAUCAAUAAUGAACAAGCAUUCCUUGUCAAUACUUUAUUACUUCAGYCACAUAUAGCAGAGGAUGAACACUGAGGAAAUUUACACAUCUUAACACUUACAUUUAAUCCUACGCUAUCAAAAUGUAACACUUAUCUUCCUGUCAAAAUGUAAGAGUUGAGCAACAGUGAGGGUUUUAAUGGAUAUGAGAUAGAGACAUAUGGAUCAUAUAUAUUAUUGACACAAUACCAGGUUAAAGSUUACUGUGAAAUGACUUACAACAAUAGCGUGUGACACACAGCUWWAGGGUUUGUUGGCAACAGUGAAGUGGAAAUAGUGUGUGCAAAG